CUCCACUGCCUCCAAACUCAAACGCCUUUUCGCGCGUAGCCUUCUUACUCCCCCAGAUAUCUCGCUUUUGCUCUUCCAGUUACAGCCCCGCAGUUUCACCGCGGAAUCGCGCUGUCGCCUCUCGGGCAAAAGUUGCCCCUCCAUCAACAAGCCCAAAACACACGGCGCGAAGCGGAGCACACGAGCUCGCACCACACAGCUACAGACAUGACAUCGAUGGACAUAGACUUCACACGGCGCAACAAGAAGCCGCGACCACUGUCGGAAGCGGAAAAGGAGAAGCUGGACGAGUUUAUUGAGGCCAUCCACUACUCUGCACGAUAUUCCGACCCCGAAUACGAGUACCGACACGUUCAGCUGCCCAAGCAGAUGCUCAAGGCUAUACCUAAGGACUAUUUCGAUGGCCAACGGGGGACCCUGAAACUGCUGUGGGAGGAGGAAUGGAGAGCCCUAGGCAUCACCCAGAGUCUAGGCUGGGAGCACUAUGAGGUCCAUGAACCGGAGCCUCACAUAUUAUUGUUCAAACGGCCGAUUAACUACCAACCCCCACUGCAACACUGAUACCGCCCUUUCCUCUCAUCCGCCCUCGGGGCGCCCACCCACCUCCCAAACCCACUCAGCCACAACGCGCCCGGCUCACGGCGCGCAUGAUACCUAGCGGCGCCCACAAAAUUGCUACAACAGACG